AUGCGUUUGGUAUGCAGUGGAAUGCCCGAUGCGCUCGAGAGGAUGACUUCCCUGAAUGAGAAUCUGACCGUAGCCGAGCAAAUCAUCUCGCUGAAGAUGGGGAUUCUCGGUACCCUUGGCCGGAAAUGCUACCUGACGGGAUUCGACGACCAGGACCUGAAGUUCUCCCUUGGGCUCCCCGUGAAGCCGGGCUGCGACCCGGAUAAACUCGAUGCUUGCGGUUCGGAGCUCGUUAUCUUCGGGACUGGACAGCGAAUACCAGAGACGAGGGAACAGCUGGAGAUGCAGUGCAGGGUCGAGAGAGCAGCUGAAAUCUGUGCGAGGGAUUUUGCGAAGGAAUGUCUGCCGCCGCUACCUCGCGGGAUGGUAAUCGUUAUCCUGGAAGGAAUAAGUCAAGAGGUGACCUGGAAAUGUGACGCGAAUCAUUCUCUGCAUCAAGCCUUCCUGAGACACGCGCCGUGCAUGAACAAAAUCGGAGACACGUUACACAAGUGCAUGACAAACCUAACUUCGAAGUUGGACUUCAGCGCGGGAGUUGAACCUCACCAGAGAGUCAGUAGAUCUUGUUGCAAUUUCCAGGAAUAUAUUGAUUGCUCCCAUCGAGCCGUGGAGAGGAGUUGCGGAAAAGAAGCCGGGGAGUACAUACGUAAACUUCUGACGAGAUCCGCGGGUGAUUUCAUCGAAAUCGCCUGUGUCAGCCACAAGACAGAUGGGCCAGCAUGCAAGAAAAUAAAUUCAUUGAGUCCGAAUCAACUCAGCAACCGAAUCGGUCAACUGAAUGAGGUCAACUCCAAUCGGUCGAUGUCUCUCCUGUCCCCAAUGGCGAAACUAGUGACAGCUGAAGGUUGA